AUGAGUGACGCAAAGUCUCACGUUCCCGAAGCCAAUGGCGUCGAGCCCACCGUGGUGGCAAACACGCCCGAUGUACCACCUUCGAAUGAAGUCGGAACCCAAAUGAAUGGCAAUCGGAGCAUCAGUGCAGAUGAGAUUGCCCUCUAUGACCGGCAGAUUCGGCUGUGGGGCGUUCAAGCCCAAGAAAAACUCCGCAAUGCUAAGAUUUUGCUCAUUACCGUGCGAGCGCUCUCAAAUGAGAUCGCGAAAAACCUUGUGCUUGCCGGCAUCGGAUCCUUGACAGUGCAAGACGACCAAACCGUGAAAGACGAGGAUUUGGGCGCUCAAUUCUUCGUUUCCGAGGAGGAUGUGGGCAAAAACAGAGCGGAGGCGGCUGCUCCUCAUGUUCGAAAACUCAACCCAAGAGUGAUUGUGAAUGUUGAAACCCAAGAUAUCAGGACUAAAGACGUGGACUUCUAUGUGCCCUACGAUAUGGUCAUAGCGACUGACCUCGACCUCAAAACGCUUUCGACCAUCAAUGCAGCUUCAAGGCUUUCUGGUAAACCAUUUUAUGCAGCCGCUACCCAUGGACUCUACGGCUUCAUCUUCGCCGAUCUUAAUCAGCACCAUUUCGUGAUUGAGCGAGAAAAGUCUAACCGCCCAACUGUUGCCGGUCGUGAAACACCUACCAGAAAUAUAGUCUCAACUAGUACUAAGAGGCAGGAUGGCAAAGUGAUCGAAAUGGUCACAAAGCAAGAGAUCUACACCCCAAUUCCGCUGGCAAAUACAUCACCUCUGCCAGAAGAUCUUCGGAACUCCCGCCGUCGCAAGCUGCAGGUGCCACCCUUACUCUCCUGUCUUCGGGCUAUUUGGGAAUUCGAGAACAUCUCCGGCAGACUUCCUGGCCCAUCCAUCCCAGAUCUUGAAUUAUUCACUACCCUGGCACACCAGAAGCACCAAGAGUUACAAUUACCUCCAGAAACGCUACGGCCGGAGAUUCUUAGGAGCUUCAUGCAAAACUUGGGAAAUGAAUUGGCACCUGUCACAGCAUUUCUAGGAGGUCAAUUGGCACAGGAUGUGAUAAAUGUUCUCGGCCAACGGGAGCAACCUAUCCAAAAUUUCCUGCUCUUUGACGGCGAAGAGAGCAAGGGACCUGUGUACGCUCUGCAUCCUAUUUUUCCAGACAUGGAUGUAUCUUUACCGACGCCAAUGCCUGCAGCCCUCAGCACCGCCGCAACGAUGGUUUGA